GUGCAGCAGAGUGGAUGGAAAGAUUGGGCUCAUGGAAGAUCAGAAGAAACACUGGGUUGAAGAGUUAUUCACCCCACGUUUCACUGCACAAGAUUUGUUCUAUGAGACUUUUGAACCAGAUCUUCUGCUGUCAGAAAAGUUGGCCAAGGAGAGGGCCAAGGCAGUGCAAGGGAUCUACCAGGCUUCACUUUGUAAACUGCAAGCAGAUGAGAAACUGAAAAGAAAAGAGACUUUAUGUAAACGGAUCACUCAAGAUUACGAGUCUUCUGCCCAGAAAAAACCCACAACAACCCAAAGUUCCACCUGUGCAGCCUGUCAGAAAUUAAACAGCAAUUCUACUGAUACUGUUGGUGACAACAAGUGUAUCUGGAGUGAACAAGAAUUAAAACUUUUAAGACAUGAAAUGAAUAAAACACAUAGCGAAGGAACUCAGCUAAAACUGCAGCUUGAUGCUUACAAGCUUGAACUUUCUCAACUAAAAGCCAAACAAAAGGAGACCAAGCGGGAGUUAGAGGCUGUCAGAGCCGAGCUGGCUGCAUCCAAACGGUACACUGAAAGUAAAAGUGUUUUACUAAAGCAGAUGCAGAAAGAAGGUGCAAAAAAAGAUGCCGAACUUCAGUUUUUAAAAAAAGAUCUGCAAGAUAAAACUUUAAUGGUGCAUAACCUUACAAACGGUUUACAGAAAGCCAGAAAGGGAAUGCAGGACCUGCAGCUGCAAAAUAAUGACUUGGAGUAUGAAUUAAAGAGUUUAAAACAGCAACAGGGAUUGGAAAAUAUAUUUGCUGUGGAGAACAUGAAACUGAAGUUUAGCAGAAAAGUAAACAAGUUACGGAAGGAAAUCGAUUCGAUAACAUCAGAGACAGAAAAAUGAA